AUGAGCUCGAGCACAGACGAGAUCCACUGGGACGGAAAGGGCGCGUACUGGGAUGACAAGGAAAAAAGAUACUACUGGUUGGGCUAUAAAAUCCAACAUUCCCAGUAUUUUGAUCAGAAGGGCUUGCCAUCCCUGUGCCCGCCAGUACCACCAUCUUUGAUUCCGCGCACUUCGAAUCCAUCAGACCAGGUCUCUGUUUCUGCUGGUCUUGCUGGGGAUUCAGACCAGCAGACCGAUUAUUGGGGCUCAUCUUCCAAUUAUAUGUAUGGCGGAGGCCAAACUCACGAAAGCCCCAGGCUGACUUUCCAAAUUCUCAAAGCUGGAUCCUCUUCAGCACCUGCAUGGAACGAUCCUUCAGGUGGCUAUUGGCAAGGAAACGACCCCCAAGCAUACCAGAGCAGCUACAACACUGGUCCUACGUCUGGAUACCAGGAGGGCCUGGACCCGGCCCCAGCUGGGCUCCCGGUUCAUCCAGCUCCGUCUCAUGCUCGCACAGACAAAAAAAGUCAAUGGUCACCUAACGGGCAGUCUGGCUAUCAAGGCCAGGGCGGCGCGUUCUUUGGCGUGAAUUCCUCUCAAGGUCAGAAUUCGUCUGGUGGGCUGCCUCCUGUAGAGCUCAGGAGCAAUGCCACCAAAGGUGCUCCGAAUAUUCGGAGAAAUAAGAAUGGCAAGGAAUAUUUGGACUCAACUUUCCAGCCUGGCAAGAUUAUCAAGGUGAUGUGGGCUGAACCAAAAGGCAUGGCACCAACAGGCCAGGCCGGUAGCUUCCUUACAUGCGUAGAUACUCUGUUGGCAGAUCACCAGAAUGCAUUCUGGAGGGGAUUCCGCCGCUUCAUCAUCAUUAACAACAGGGAGGGCCACUGUACUUGCGUCCCUAUCUACUCGUAUGGAGGCCAGGGUUGCAUCAAAAAUGGUGCUAAGGCGAAGCAACACGGGAUCAUAUACGAGAGCCCGCCGGGAAAUGGGCCAACGCUAUUGCCGGGUGAGCCUAUGCCUGGCUUCGCGCCGAUUCGUGCUAUCACAACAGCGCCCAACAAUCAACCCCUGAACGAUGCCUCGAGGGUCAAUUAUGCAAAGGUCGUAACUAUCGAGCAUAAUGUCAAGGUUAUGUUUCUCGGGGAGGUCGUGGAGGAGGACUGGGAGAUCGCGAAGAAUGCUGUGAAAUCAUUCUUCGACUAA